CUGAAUACAUUACACAGUGUGUGCACAUGCACGUGGUCCCUCUCUUACUCCCCGGCCAUUUCUUUAAUUUACUCCUGGAACUUUGAAAACCCUGUCACGUUUUAAAACUCUUGGGAUUUUUUUUUCAUUUGCCGAUAACGGGUCGAUAAAGACAUGAAGGGAGUUUACAGCGCCUUGGUGUUCUGUCUAUUUCUGUCAAUGGUGGCAGUGGGCCUCCAGAUCGCUGCCAGUAUCACCCAGGGAUGGAAGAUCAUCGAGGGGGAGCACUUGGUCCAGAAGGCGCCCUGGGUCAGCCCCUCCCAGUUCGGAAUGAAUGAGAACGACACCAAGCACGCGUCCAUUCACAUCGGAGUGUGGAAGCUGACAUUCUGUGUCGGUGGUAAAUGCGUUGAUGUGGAAGAUUACCGGCGCGAUCCCACUGCACUCGUCAAAUACUUCGAAGGUAAGCCGAGCGAGCUGCAGGCCUUGUCCGUGUUUGGCUGUAUGGUGGCGGCUGUCGCCAUCUUCUGCUUCUGGCCGUUAUUCCAGGUUUUGGGUCAGAGGAACAAUUGUUAUGCUAUCUAUGUGUCCAUUCUUCUUCUUAUGUCAGGAUUCUCCUGUUUAGCAUUGGCGUACAUCAUGUAUCACACUGUUGCCGACAUACAAGAAAUUUUCGAGGACCGUACGGAGAAAAUUAAGACAAGCUUUCCGUAUUCUUUCAUCCUGCUCAUUAUUGGUUUCGCUGCUUCCUUUACCGGAUGUCUGGUUUCUUCCAUCAUUAUCUGUAAACUGAAUCAGCACAUAGAGCACGAGGAAAGAAUGCGGAUAGAGCGGGAGAGAAACAUGACCAAGGACGACAUCUUCUCCCAGAAAGUCUUCUCCAAAUCAGCCACCAACAAACCGGCCAUCACCAUGAAGAACCAGGAACAAGUGGUGUACUCCAUUCAUCUAUAAACAAUUAGGUCUUAGCUUAGUGUUGUUUUAUUUUCCAAAUUCAGGUUUAGAUAUUCUUCAUAUCAUAUUAACUUUUUGAUACUUGCUUUGAGUAUUUUGUCAUCCUGGGGGAUCGUUUUGAAUUCCCAGUGAUCCAAAGUUUGCAAAACUAUUAUACUUUGCUGAGGAGUUGGUUUUUUAUUUUAAGAUUUUAUAAGCGUCAAAAGAUCUUUUUUUCCCACACUUGUGGUUUAUUUCGACUCUUUUCAAAAAAAGAUUUUUUAUGCUAUUUUGUUAAAGUAAUACAUGUAAAUAUAGAUGUAUAUAUGGAUUUUGGUUGGUUUUACAAUUUGGUAUAGUCGUAUCUAGUCAUGUAAAUAUGUACGUUGGUAUUCACCUUGAAAUACUUGCAUAGUAAGCGGGAGGAACUAUGUACUGAAAUAUACAUGGCCUAGCAAUUGUUGACAUUGUAACCCUUGUAUCGUGUACAGGGCCCGCGGCCCACAGCGUUCGUAUUUCUUCUGUAGAUUAGAAAACAAUAUCGGAGAUUUUGCUAUGCGGAGGAGAGCUUUGUGAUUCAAGAUUUGAAACUUUAAAUAUAUAUAUUUCUCGCAUAAACACAUUAUUCGGUUUAAUUGAACACUUGUAUUACGUUGGGUGAUAGAGGGCGAGUGUGAGCAUAAUGAGUCUAAUGAAAAAGCAUGCAUCCUUUCAAUUUAGUCAAGGUAGACUGUGUAUUUCUACUUUGCCUUGUAAAUUAAACAGACAGUACAAAUAUCUUGAAUGUUACAAAUUGUAUAGUUUUGUUAGAAUUUAUGUUUUGUCUAACAUAUGAAAUAGCAGAAGAGGUGAAACCCCUUUCAAAUGAUGCACAAAAGCUGUAUUUGUUGACUAUUUACUAGACUUUUUGCUGGAACUUUGCCCUAUUUGCUAAGAUUACACUUAAACUGUGACAUGGUGUGUUUGAUAUGCCACUUUACAAAGUGUUUAUAACAUUACGUACGCCCAUGUCACACGUCUAUAUUGUUAUGAUAUUGUGCAAUGAAGUUACGUUUGUAUAAUGGCAGAGCACAGUAUGAUGUGGCAUAUAUGUAACAUCUGUGGUGUAAUCACAAUAUGAUUACAUUUGUAUUAUAUGUAUGGCCUUUAGGUGUGAUUACAUUUGUACAGUAGUACAGUACAUUGCGGUAACAUUUGUAAUAUAAUGACACUCUGUGACAUGAUUACAUAUGUACAUGUAACAUAAGAUCAGCACGAUUACAUUUGCGUCAUAAUAUCAAGUACAUUUUGUAGGUUGACAUUGUACGAUAUAAUUAAACUGCUCUGUCAAUUAACGAUGUCAUUACAUGUACAUUUGUAUUAUUCAACGGUUCGCCUCUUUUCGCCGUCUAGAAUUAUUUUUGUGUAGAUUAGUAUUGAUAGGGUUAUAUCUUACCAUGUAAGAGGAUAGUCAUACAUUGUUUUCCUAUUUUUAUAUCUCGGUUUGAAAUAAAAUUCAGUGGAAAUUGCAUUUUUUAUUUUUAUUUUGUAUGGAGGAGGUAAACUGAUUGUUUGAAAAUACAUCGGUGUCAAACAGAGUAAUUGAAUCAUCAACGUUUCCAAAUUCCAAGUCACAUUUUUAUUUUAAAAAAUUAAAACCUAAACAAAGCAGCAUAAUUUUGAUAUUUUAUUGGUUUAUCUCCUGCACACACUCCGAUAUAUCAAUGAAAUGUGUAUUAAGUUUCUUCAACAUAAGAAACAUAACCCAAUUUAAAUAUGUAUAUAUUUAUUAAAGAUUUUUUUAAUUGAUCUUAGAUCAUUUUGCGAAAAAGAAAACAAAAAACUACCCCCAUCCCCCUAACCCCCCUUCCACACCCCCUUAAAAACCCCCAGUAAACGCAUUCACAGAAAGGCAAAACAUUACUUUGAGGGGAAAAAAUAAUGGCUUUAAUAACAGCCCAAGCUUGUUUUGUAAUACUAUACAGGAUGAAACAUUGUUAUGAAUAAGAUGCGAAUUUGAUUUUAAAAAAAAUCAUUUUACAAACGUUACUGCUUUCCUGAAAAAUCUGUUCUUCGUGAUUGUCUAUCCCCCAUCCCAUACAUGUACAUGUUUUGUAAUCAUACAAUAGAGGUUAAAAAAAUAUAUCACAGAUUAUAUGGCGACAACAAGACAAGAAAAGAAAAAAAAUUAUAAUAAUCAACUGAAUUAUUAGAAAUCCAAAUCCUAAUCUUUUUUUUUUUUUGUAGACUUUAUAUUCAAUGUGCAACUUAACCGAGUGCAAUGAAAAAGUGUAACUUGACAUAUGAAGGAAACAC